UGUAGGGGUGGUUGACAGGCUGUCUCUCCAGCACUGGAGAGCCAGAGUGGCGUCUUGGAGAUGGGGACCGAGUGGGUUUAUGGCCUACUGUUCUGGAUAGCUAGUCUGUGCUCACUGAGCCUUCUAUUCAACCGCAUGAACGUCCGAAAUGUUAGGGUGCUAGUGGAAUCACGAAGUGGAUGAACCCCCAGUAAUCAGCCUGCGGAGCUGGAAAAGAGAUAACUGACUUAAACCCUAGUCUCAGAAGUGACAUCUCCUCUGUACAGUGGUUCCAAUCUGAACUCAGGGCUACCACAUCGCCCACAGGCUUCAGAAGAUCUUACAGAAGAAAUGGUAAUUCUCCACUCGUUUCCUGAGGUGUCCAGUUGUGCCCAUGGAGAUCCAGUUCAGUUAUGACUCUCAAGAGCGUCACCCUCUGUCAGAUGGUGAGAGCAAGGUCAAGAUUGGAGAGCCAGCUUCAGAGGAGGAAAUGACAGGAAAGAUUGAGACGUUGACUGAAGGACCGGGUAGCCUCCAGGAGGAUGUUCUCCCGAAUUCCAGAGACAAAGAAUUCUGUGAAUUGGGGGAUGAAUUGAAUGAUCAACCCCUCUUAAGAACACAGUAUACCUGUGAUGAAUGUGGCCAACACUUUGCUUGGAACACGGGUCUUAUUAGACACCAAAGAACUCACUGGGACAGACCUUACGAAUGCGACGAAUGUGGGAAGGCCUUUCGUAUGCGCUCAGCCCUGGCUCUGCAUCAGAGAAUUCAUACUGGAGAGAAACCCUAUCCGUGCAAUUGGUGUAUUAAAAGCUUUAGUCGGAGCUCAGACCUUAUCAAACAUCAAAGAGUCCACACUGGGGAAAAGCCUUACAAAUGUAACGAGUGUGGGAAGGCCUUCAGUCAGAGCUCAGAUCUCAUCAUCCACCAGAGGAUCCACACAGGAGAAAAACCCUACCCAUGCAGUCACUGUAGUAAAAGCUUUAGCCAGCGCUCAGACAUGGUGAAACAUCAGAGGAUCCACACUGGAGAGAAGCCUUAUAUGUGUAGCCAGUGUAAUAAACAUUUCAGCCAGAGCUCCGAUCUUAUAAAACAUCAGCGAAUCCACACUGGGGAGAAACCAUACAAGUGUGACGCUUGUGCGAAGGCCUUUAGUCAGAGCUCCGAUCUCAUUCUCCAUCAGCGAAUCCACACUGGGGAGAAACCAUAUCCAUGUGAUCAGUGUAGCAAAAGUUUCAGUCAGAAUUCAGACCUUAUUAAACACAGAAGGAUUCACACCGGAGAGAAGCCAUAUAAAUGUAGUGAAUGUGGAAAGGCUUUUAAUCAGAGCUCGGUCCUUAUUCUGCAUCAGAGAAUCCAUACCGGAGAGAAACCCUACCUAUGUAACCAGUGUACCAAAACCUUCAGUAGGCUUUCAGAUCUCAUUAACCACCAGCGAAUUCACACCGGAGAGAAGCCGUACCCAUGUGGUCAAUGCAGCAAAAUGUUCAGUAGGAGGUCAGAUCUUGUUAAACAUUACAGAGUCCACACUGGGGAGAAGCCCUACGAAUGUGAGUGUGGGAAGGCCUUCAGUCAGAGCUCUAACCUGAUUCUCCACCAGAGAAUCCACACCGGGGAAAAACCCUAUGCCUGCAGUGCCUGUGCCAAGAGUUUCAGCCGCCGGUCAGACCUCAUAAAGCAUCAAAGAAUACAUACUGGCGAGAAGCCAUAUACAUGUGAUCUGUGCAAUAAAAGCUUCAGUCAAAGCUCAGACCUCACGAAACAUCAGAGAAUGCAUUCUGGUGAAAAGCCCUACCGCUGUGAUAGUUGCGGCAAAGCCUUUAGUCAGAGCUCUGACCUCAUUCUUCACCGUAGAAUCCACACAGGAGAAAAACCCUAUGCAUGCUCGCUGUGCACCCGAAGUUUCAAUCAGAAUUCAGACCGUCUCAAACACCAGAGAAUCCACACUGGAGAGAAGCCGUACAAUUGUAAUGUGUGUGGGAAGGCAUUCAGUCAGUGCUCAGCUCUUACCCUUCACCAGAGAAUCCACACGGGAGAGAAACCCUACUCAUGUGCUCAGUGCGGCAGAAGCUUUAGUAGGCGCGCUGAUCUCUUUAACCAUCAGAGAGUACACGUUGGGGAAAAACUGCAAGUAUGAUACCUGUUGGAAACUGCUGGGAACGACUCUUCUGUACACUGUAUGUGUACUCUCUCUGGCUAAUAAAAAGCUGACAGCCGGGAGCCAGACUGGAAGUUAGGCAGGAAAGCCAAACUGAGAAUGAUGGGAAGAACGGGGGUGGAGUCAGGCAGACGUCAGCUGGCUGCCUAGGAAGUAAGACAUGCUAGAGGACAGGUAAAGCCGUGAGCCAUGUGGCAAUACACAGAUUAAUAGUAAUGGGUUAAUUUAAGUGUAAGAGCUAGUAGCGAGCCUGAGUUUUCGGCCAAGCAUUUAUAAUUCAUAUUCAGCCUCUGAGUCGGUUAUUUAGGACCCAGCAGUUGGGACAGGAAACAUCUGUCUACAGGAAACCUUUUGGCACUGUGACCAGUCUCAGUGAAUAUCAAAGGAUGCACAUAGAAGGGAAACUCUACCCUCUGUUCGGGUUAGAAGGCAUUUUAACAAACCUGAUUGUGGUAACUUUAAGAAAACCCAUUCUAGCCAGGUGGUGAUAGCACGUCUUUAAUUUCAGCAUUCAGGAGGCAAAGGCAGGCAGAUCUACAUAGCAAACUUCAGGACAGCAAGGGCUACACAGAGAAACCCUGCCUUGGAUGGAAAAAGAAGAAGUAGAUAGGAAGGAAAAGAAGGGAGGAAAGAAUAAAAAGAUUCUUUCUGAGGAGGAAGAAUUGCAUGAAUGUGACAGUUAUGGGAAAGUCUGGUGCACAGAUUCUGAUCCCACGCGUGAAAAGGGUUUUAAACAAUGUCCAGCCCAUGCUCCAUUUAAAAAAAUAGAAAUUCUUACCUUUACUAUAAUCUAAGAAAAUCUCUUACAAUUCACAGCAAUAUCAUUAUAAAAUAUAAGACAUUAAUGCAGAACUUACCAUAUUUAAAACUAAAUGUGGAAAGUCUCAAUCAAAAUUAUGAGGAAAAUAUAUUUAUCUUAGAAUCUCAAACCUUUAUUGAGUCUAAAUUACCAACUGCAUAUCAGAAGUUAUUUCAGAGAAUGCAGUGAAACCUUAAAUCCUGUAAUUAAAGUGGUAGCAACGCUGACGUCACACAUAUCCUCUAGAGAUGGAGAGUUGGGUCCUAUGCACAGCUGAGUAUAAAUUCACUGCGUAACUCCAUGCCGCUUUGUCUCAGUGAUCUGUUGGUAGUGGUCUAAUUUUGGUUUCCUAGUGAGCAUGAAUCCCUAUGGUGCACACAGCAAGGCUAGUUUAAUUUUCAGUAAUGCAGACCAAUAUUGAACAAAAUGGAACCGUGGUACUGUGGUCCUGUAAAUACUGUAGUUCCAUGAUAUCCACGGGGGCUAUGCCCCAAGGCAUAGAACUUCGCCAGUCAGCUGACAGUCUUGCUAAGUCCAGACAGACUAUGAAUAGGCAAAGUAAUGACCCUUUGUGUUAGUGAUAGAGGUUCUCAGUUCCUAACUAACAGUUCCAAACUUUGUGCGCCAGUGACUCAAACCCUACCUAGUGUUAGUGUCUUUGCUGAUCUUCUUCCAGCAGAACCAUCAGCUACCAGAAGUUCUUACAAUUUUUCUUUUCCGAGAGACGGAGCUAGCUGGUCCCAGCACUGGUUACCAGCCAUUCUCAGUGGUAACAGUUCUAAGGAAACCAGCCAGCGUACACUACCCUGAAAUCAUAAAUAUGCAAAACCAUCCAGAAGAGAUGCUGCAGCAAUGCAUGGCUGACAAGAUGGAAUGAGAGGGGGGCAGAUUAUAUGGGCAAAAGAAAUAGACGCAUGUGUAUUUGUGGUGUCCUGCUGAUGAACUGCAGACUUUAUGCAACUUUAGGUUGUGAGCAGGAGAAGGGUCUGGUGCAGGACAGUUGUAUUCUGUCAAUUAUGUUUUAAAUAAACGCUGAUUGGCCAGUAGCCAGGAAGUAUAGAUGGGACAACCAGAAAGGAAGUAGAGGCAGGUCAAAGAGAACAGGAGAAUUCUGGGAAGG